GUGAUAAUAAAUGAAAAAAAUAUGUGAAAGUUAGCUCAUUACCCUCAAAAUAGCAGCACGGACGUCUGAGGGAGAAGAGUGUAAGAGAGCACUAAUUAGCUUCCAAUCGUCGCGAAUCUCGUCACCGGCAAACCAACCAUACAAAAUUCAUUUGGGCACACUUAAAAGCCCAUAAAAGAAAAAUGGUUGAGGUUGGCAAGCAUUCCAAAUAGAACCAAAAAAUCAGCGAACUCAUCGCUGCUGGCCGCCACGAACUCGAACAUCAGAGUCUUCAUCUUGCCAAUUUUUUGAAUCAUGAGUAAUCAUAUGAAUUUGAGAGGCAUAUUGGAUGCCAACAAACUGAUCGGACCAAAUUUUCUCGAUUGGCACCGCAAUUUGAGAAUCGUUCUCAAGCAUGAGAAAAUUGGAUAUGUCAUUGAGCAGCUCUUUCCAGAGGUGCCUACUGAAAAUUCCAUUCAGAAAGAGGUGACUGCUUACAACAAACACAGUGAUGACGAUAACACUGCAGCAUGUGUGAUGCUUGCAGCUAUGUCACCUGAGUUGCAGAAACAACAUGAAGAAUGGGAGGAAAGAAUCUCGAAAUUUGUCAUAGUUGUAGAGCGAAUGGACACUUCUUUGAUGAAUACUGAAGUAAGUGUCGAUACUCGGUUUGCAAGAGUGGAUUCCAGAUGUGCUUUAAGGUGGAAAGAGAGAGAGACCGAUAACAAAGGAAAACUAUUCAAAUGCUGUAGUCAGAAAAUGCGAUUUUUGGGAAUGGGUUGGAAAAGGAAAAUCAAGUGGUGAAUCAAGUGUCAUUGAUAGCAAGGCAAAUCCUGCAUCGGAAGAAUUAGUGUCAGAUUUGUCGCGCAUGUUUCAAUAUCAAAUUUAGCUCCCCGACGAAGAAGAUGUCCAGAUUUUGAUGAACUCAUGACAAUCCGCAAGGGCAAAGCAAUCGUGGAGAAGAAUGAAAAAUAAAAGUGGCCAGUUGUAUUAGUAGCUCCAUUUUUUAACGAAUGUUGAUGUUACGUAGGUUUGUAUUUGUACGACUCUUUAUAGCGAACUUCGUGCCAACUUGGUUUGUAAUAAAAACUGGGAAUUUAUGAAACCAA